AUGUAAUUUUCAACUCGAAAAGAAAAAGAAUAUUUCCACCAACCCAAAAAUUGGUAAUCAUGAUCACUAGAAAUGUUGAACACAACUUGAUCCAAUUGAGAAUAAUGGAAGAAACCAUACAUUAUAAUACCCUCACAAAGAGCCCAUACAUUAUAUUACCCUCACAAAGGAAAAAACACACUUUAAAACCAACUAUAUAUCCAAUAACCAACAAAGAAAAAAAAAUUCAGUAUACUUACAAUUAUAUCAACAUAUGAAAAUGAAAGAAACAAUGUUAUGUUCACUAAUUGUUCUAGUAUUUGUCGGAUUUGUGACUAUGGAAAAUAUUAUCCCUUUGAAAUCACUUAUUUGCUAUCAAGCCCAAGAUUUAUUAUCACCAUGCCAACCAUUUCUGUUGGGUUGUAGAGAAAAUAUUACAGCAAAGUGUUGUCAAGGUUCUCAAAUGUUGGCUAGUCUUGUGAAAAAUAGUACAAUUGAUGAUGUUAAAGAUUUAUGCAAGUGUCUUCAGAAAACUGGUAAUUCUUCUAUAAUUGAUGUUAAAAAGGGAAGAAAACUUUUCAAGGUUUGUAAAAUCAAGAGAGUUCCUAUUGGUCCACAAGUGGAUUGUGACAGCCUGACAGAUAUGAAGAUUUCAAGAUUUGAAGAUCCGAAGAUAUGAAGAUUUGAAGAUUGUAUUAAAUUACAAUGAUGUUUGCAAUAUGAAUUAAAAAUGUAUUGUCCCUGCAUUAUAAUUGUAUCAUAAGUGUGUUGUAAGAAGGCAUUAUGGCUAUAUUAUAUGUAUUGAUGCUAAGAAAAUUGUGAUGUUUGCACAAUGUCCUAAAUAUGUAUCAUGACAGUAUUUUAAAUGAAUUAUAAGUGGCUUAAAGAAAA